GUCCUUAGCCCGCCUGCAGCCUCCCCGGCGCCAGCCGAGAUGCAGCAUGUCCCAGCAUCCGUUGCGUCUGGUGGCGAUCAGGACCAGGCAGCGCUGGAGUCUGCCGCCCAGCAGAUGCUCACGGACGUUGCGAAGAAGGCCGAGCGUGCCGUGAGUCACGCGACCGGCUCAAUGGGUUCGGAGGUCGUGCCAGAGGGCUUCGCCCAGGAGGAGAUGGACACGGUCCUGCAGGCAGCCGCGAGCAGAGCGCAGAGCUCUGCAACAGGCUCCGUAGCAGGCAGUCCCGUAGUCCAUGGGUCGGCCGGAAGCUUGACGGUUGCCGAGCAGCUGACGGCCGCUGCCGUGACGGCGGCCAAGGAGCAGCCGAGGCCAGCGCCUGAGCCGCCGAGUGCGUCACCCGAGGCCUUGCAAGCGGAGCAGGUCGCCGACAGCGUGGUGGCAGCAGCCGCCAGGCAAGUCGAAAGGACGCCCUCUACCGCGGUCAUGGAGACGGAGAUCUCGCAGGUCGCUUCGCCCCUCCCUCCCUUGGUGACGGCAGAGGUCCUGGCUCCUACGUCAUCCGUGGUCGAAGUCGUUGCAACCGAUGAGGAGCCGGAGGCACCAGUUCCAGCUGCAAAGCCCGUGGUCGAGGAAGCGCCACCAGGUGUCUCUGCAGCGUCGGCGCCCGAGCCGGCGCCAGCUCCCUCGUCGGAAGUUGGUCCCGCUUCAGUUCACGAGAGCUCUGCUGCGGCUUCGGGCACCGCAGGCCUUGAUAUCGUGCCACGGUCGGAGCAAGGCCAGCCGAUCGCUGACACGGCGGCACACGAGGCAACGGACGCUGCAUCGGCUUCGGUGGUUCCUGAGACAAUCACAUCAGAUCUCCCGGCGCAGCAGUUGCUACCACGACCUUCGCAGGAUGCAGGAGAUCAUGAGGAGGUGGUCAGUGCUUCGCACAGCGAGGUCCACGAAGGACGCCUUGGCGAGACAGUCGUGCACGACAUCCUCCACUCCGUGGGCGAAAAGGAGGAGCCUCCAACUGCUGUUGCGUCGUCGCCAAGAGAGGUGCAGGUGCCCAGUGAGUGGAUCACUCCGGAGGCACCAGCUGCCGUCUCUGCACCCGGAUCUGCGGCACAGCAGCCCACCGAGACAGUGACGCCAGUACCAGUGGUUUCGACGUCGCCCGUGCCAAGCGAGCACAUCUCCCACGCAGGGCAGGCACCCGCCAUGGCAGGGCCCGGGUCGGCAGCCGAAGAGCCGCAUCCUGGCGACACCGCACCUGAGACGGCUCCCGUGGCUACGUCCUCCCCGGUACCGAGCGAGCAGGUUGUCCCAGAGGUGCCCAGCGCGCCCGGAAGCGAGCAGCCUGCGCCCAGUGCGCCGGGAAGUGAACAUCCACCCGCCGUGCCCAGCGUCCCAGGAAGUGAAGCUCCUGUGCCAAGUGUACCGGCAAGUGAACAUCCUGCACCCAGUGCUCCUGGCAGCGAACCACAUGCCCGGGCCGUGGAUUGCGCAUGCAAGGGGCAUUCUGGCACUUGGCUUCAGGUCCCCGUGGCAGACGGGCCAAGCCAGGCACCAAGCGCUCCUGGCAGUGAACCACAUGUUCCCGUGGCAGACGGGCCAAGCCAGGCUCCAAGUGCUCCUGGCAGCGAACCACAUGUUCCUGUGGUAAGCGACGAGCCAACCCAGGAGCCUGCAGAACCCGGGGACGCAGUCGAGGAGCCACCGGCCACGGGGGAGCCGGUCGAGGAGCUCCCGCCGAGUGAGCAGGGCCGACGCCCACCGCAAGUGCCAAAGCUGUGGGAGGACACACGGCUGGAGAUGCCGGCGGUAGGUGCGAGUGCGGCCAGCGCCAGCGAUUUCAGCGGCCUGUCGCCUCCAAGGACGUCCCUUUGGAGUCCUGGCACGGGCUACGAGGGCUACGAAACGGAUGGGAGCGGCUAUCCGGAUGAGGGCUCCAUGGCUGAGUACAGCUACGAGGACCCCGGCCGUACCAUGCGCAUUCCCCAGGCAGAGGGCUCCUUCCCCCACGACCGCUCCACACAGAAAUUCUCGGCCUGGGGCGCCCCUGCAUCGCGGUCCGAAGCCCAGUAUUCCGAUUCCGUCGUCUCCUCCCGCUCGGACUCGGCGCGCUACGACCGGCCGGCCCAGCCCUCGGCCCCGAUGCCGUCGCUGGUGGACCCGAACAUCAUCUCAGAGCUCUGUCGCCUGCUGAAAGCACCGGACACGCCACCCAGCGAGCGUGGCAACUUCAGACGCCCGCCUCAGGUGCCAAAGCUCUGGGGACAGGAGACUCAGCCUGCGCCCAAAGCGAGCGUCACGCCAGAACCCAUGCCAGCAGCGACGAUGAUCGCAGCAGCUGUCCCCGCCCCUGCAGGCCUGUCGCAUCAAACCACGCCAAGGAGUUCGGGUCGGGGGCCUUUGUUCGGCCCUGGCUCGCAGCGCAGUGGUCCCAGCGAGGAAGCACCCUGCGCUGCCGCCAAUGAGACCGUGGUCAUCAAGCCCAAUGUAGUGCUUUCGCCUGAUGACCGGGCUACACAAAAGUGGUCCGGCCGUGCCGCACCCGCGCCCGUGUACGCCGAGUCAGCCACCUCCUCUCGGAGCGGCGUGUCGCAGGACCCAGGCUCUCCAUCGCAGCCAUCCCUGGUCGACCCGAAGCUGAUUGCGGAGCUCUGCCGCUUGCUGAACGCACCUGAGACGCCACCUAGCGACCGUGAUCACUUACGCCGUCCUUUACCGAGAUCAUGGCACGAGGAGAAGCCCGCAUCGGCGCGGCCAGCCGAGGUAUCGAAGCAGCUCCCUGCCAGAGGCAAAGCACCCAGCGAAGCUCCUUCAGGUCCAUCGCAGCCCAACACGGCCAGGACCUCGGUACGCAGUCGCUGCAGCGACUCAGAGGCAGAAGGCGGCAAAGGCGACCUCAUCGAGGAGCGCGAAGCUCUUGAGGAAGAAGUAUGCAGCAUCAUGGACGUUCUUCGGGGUCUCUACCCGGUCAGCUGA